AUGUUAACGCCGAACUGGGAGCGAGUAUUUGCCGGCCUGGUCGUUCCUCGAGGCUCCGGCGGCUUUCUUCCGGAUACUCGGGAGAGUGACUUCACAAUUCAAAUGUCUUUCCAACACCUCUCCACCACUGUACGGGAGAAAUUGGACUUUGUAAGCGAUGAGGUACGGGCCCUCCCGGCACCCGAAAGCGUUCAAUUUAACCAUGCAACGCAUGUGAUUGCAGAGAUUACCUGGGGCGCUCAGAGCCUCAUCACCGCACAGUACCUACGAUCUGCCACGGAAGAUGAAUCCCAGAUCAGACAAAAAUUACAGGAAGAGCUGGUUGAAGUCGAGAGCUUUUGCCACGAGAACUUGGGGCAUAGGCGGAAUGCCGUUGCACAACCCAGUCACGACUUUGUCGACGACUAUGCAGGCUUGUUUGAUGAGUUUGGAAAAGAUCACGUUCGUACUGUCGUCGAGCAAUUCCAUUAUGCCAAGAAAGCAGAGGAGACGUUGAAAACAAAAUAUGCGAGCGUUCUUCGAGAUGUAAGAGCUGGUCGCAUGGGAUCAAAGCAGCUCCUGCUUCUUCUCGACGAGUUACGUCGAGGACAACCUUCUCCUCAAAGCCUCAUCUCCGAGACAGAUAUCUAUGCCAGAAAGCUGCACUUCAUUGUCGUGGCUGCUGCCAAGGGCGCCGAAUAUAUCACAAAUGAGCGCUCCGUGACAAUCCCCACGGGGGACGUUUACACUUUCUGUUUUAAUAGAGAGGCAAUGGAUGACCGCUCUACCCGGAAUGACAACUCAAACCUUAUUAUUCAACUGCUCGAUGACCGUUCUAGCCGGAAGGUUGUUCGAAUUGUUGAUUGUGAUCAAAACGGGAGAACGAUCCAGAGUUCGAAUAUAGGAUUAUGGCAUCGUGACUGCUAUCUCUACUGUGACUGUGGACGUACGGGCUUCCGUCACUGGAGCUUUCGAUGCGCGGAGCGCGACCAUGGAGUUGAAUUCGAUCGCUAUGAUGCCCGCGAGCUGCUACAAUUGCUUGAUGCUCUUGAGCCUUUCGAGGAGACCAAUAUUUUGAUUCUUGGCGAAACUGGUGUCGGAAAAUCGACAUUCAUCAACGUAUUUGUGAACUACUUGAGCCACGGCUCUCUUGAAGACGCCAUCAAAACACCUUCAGUCGAACACGUCAUUCCAUGUUCUUUUACCACGCAAACCGUGGACCAGAAUGAAGCAUUACGGCUCGGACCUUCGCAAGCUACAGGAUGCCGUUGCAUUUGCGCAUACGGCCACGUAUCGCGAAAGGCCUUAUCGACUAGAUCAAGUGGUCACAGGUCCUUCUACACUUCCCACCUCAGUCCUCAAGAGUCAACCGACCAUCAUCGGCAGGCUACGCCACUGGGUGACUUUUACACCGAGCUCCUCUCGACUCCAAUUCCCAAAGGGUCCCAUGCCGACACGUCCUUGCCGACCUUCGUUCAGUCAGGAGACGAAUCCAAAGAAGAAAGAGCCAGGAAAUUGUUUGGCACCAUCGAAGGGUCUGGUUACCAACGAACUACAUCGGAUACUCCUGACGCGACCUGGAGAACAAUCAAUGGCGUUCCCGUCCCUCCGAGACCGGCGGAGCCAGACAAUUGUUGUAUGAGCGGCUGUGUGCAUUGUGUAUGGGACGAUUAUCGAGAUGACGUUGAGGCAUGGGCCGCUAGAGUCCGCGAAGCACAGUCAAAAUCACCAAACUGGACCACCGAUGAUCCGAAGAUACAAAUUGCACAAUCCGAAGUCCAUGAGGCUUCUGGUAGCGUGGACGAUGACGGUGGAGGGAGUGAAUCGCUUUGGACCACGCCCUCGUCGACCGUCAACGAUGAGGAUUCACUAUUCCAAGGAAUCCCGAUUGGAAUUCGGGAGUUCAUGGCUACGGAAAAAAGAAUUCGAGAUCGAAAACGAGCGAGGAAGGAGAAAUACCGGUGA